AUGGGAAUAACAGCAUGUUGCUGCUGCAGCAGCAAAGAUGCUGCAAUUACAAUUGGAAUAUGGUCACUUGUGUAUUCACUGGCGUCACUUCUCCUGUUCGGGUGGCAAACAGGCGUUCUCAAUCAUUGUCGUGCCGUCACAAUGGCUCAAUCCAAUUUACAAUGUGAAUGGGAUUGUCCAUGUGUAUCAUCGAUAGCUCAAUUAGGAAUUAUGGGGUGGCAAAUGGCAGCAAUCAAAUACGAAAGAGAUCGAGCAGCGAACACUUUGUUACCAAAUUACAAUACGUAUGGAAGAUUUGAUAUUCCUUCGUAUUUCGAAAGUUAUUGGCAGAGUCCAGAAGAGAGAUAUUACACAGGGCUGUUCGUAAUCCAAGUCCUCUGCUUGAUCUCUGCAUUUUUCCUUGUUUUCGCAGCAGCUGCCAUGAUAUAUGGAGUCCAUACAUGGUCAAAAUACCUGGUCUGGCCAUGGUUCCCAUGUAUGAUCUCUUCGAUUCUUGCCACGUUGGCAUACUGUAUCAUGUGGUGGUGUGGAGAUGUUAGAGAUUAUUGGUUAGCAAUUACAAUAAUUGAGAUAAUUGUAGUCUUUAUUAAUAUAUACUGCGUGGUUGUUGUAAUGAUGUAUUAUCGACGAAUCAAUGCAACAACUGAUGAAUACGAAGGAAAAGAUAGGAGAGGAGUACGGUAUAAGAUCAAUCGAAAUGGAAAUAGUCGAAGAGAUCUUCUUGAUUCUUAUGAACAAGGAGUUCAUCGCAGUCCGCCAAUGAAGUACAAACCUCUUGCCCAACCAUAUCCUGUCUAUCCAAGUUAUUCUCGUGCAGGAGUUCCACAAACUCCAAUUCCGUUACAUCCAACACAAAUCAAUACUCCAUAUCCAAUUGAUCCGUUGGAAGUUCAAUUCCAAAUGGAACCAAUUGUGAAAAAUAUUCGAGAAUUGGAGGAAGAUCCAGUUGGUUCCUGGGUUCGAGAUCAACAAUCAAUUGACCGGGGUCAUGAAGCAAGAAGUGAACCAAUUACUGUGAGUAAACAAGUUCAUCCAACAACUCUUCAGCAUUCUCGAUCAGUUCCAUCGCUGCACGGAGGAACUCUUGUCUCUCACAGAGAUUGUGAGCAUCGAGACGACAAACACAGAUCAUCUUCCCGACGUCGUAAAUCUAGAAGCCGCCAUGAAUACGAUGGAUAUUCAUCUGAAUCAGAUCCAUCUGAUUUCACUCGACAACAUCGUCACCGUUCGAGUAGCAAGAAAAGGCAUCGCAGUCGUUCGAGAUUCGAUGAAUCAGUGACAAAUUAUGAUUCUGAAUUAGAAAGAGAACGAGAGAGAAGAAGAUCGAAGAGACACAGACAUGGAGGAAGUCAGAGAAGUUCUUCGAGAAGACAGCGUGAUGAUCGAGGAGGUGGCAGAGAACGAGAGAAAGAGAGAGAUCGUGAUAGAGACAGGGAGAGGAGGGAUCGUGAUAAAGAGAGAGACGACAGAGAAAGAGAUAAUCGAGAAAAUGAAAGAAGACGAAGAGAUCAUCGAGAUGAUCGAGAAAGUGAAGUUCCAAGAAGAAGAGAGGGCGAUAGAAGAAGCCGUCAUCCAGAUUCUCUUGAGAAUUCAGGAGGAUCACAAGAAAUGACAUUUCCACUUUCCGGAGGGAUCACAAUCCCACAACAUAUUGUAAUUCCACCAUCUUCCGGAGAAAGAGGUCCAAAUGGAGAACCAGUUCCACAAAAAUAUCAAAUCAAUUCGGAGAUUACAAUAAAUUAUGAUCAUAAUGGACGUCCGGUUGUGAAUCCACGAGAACCACAACCGACGAUCGAAGAACCAUUUAGAAGACGUCAACCUCUGCCAAUCCAAUCAACGUUCUAA